AUGAAGACCUCUGCCUCCAAUAUGUCAGCACAUAUGGAUAUCAAAAGUCGGGACCGGGAGUAUACCCAAAUGAGAAUGACCAACUCUACACCUUUGUAUUUUGCAACAGACUCGAGGGUUCAGAAUAUAGAAUGCGUGAAAGCUCUUGUACCAAUUGCCAAUUCCACCAUCAUAGAACAAACGGAGGAAGCUAUUGACAAGUACACAGUUGUACAACUAUCAAGAAAAGCCUUCUUUGUAAUUUGGGCAGUCCCCCCUAAAGGUGGUGGCCAAUGUCCAGCAGGUUUCAAAGGACGACCAAAGUUUUGGACUGCUCACGGGUUGGAAGUUGAAACAUGCACAGGCGACAGAUCCAGGGUAGUGCUUAUCUCUUCUUGCGGUUUUGGACAUCAGUAUGGUAUUCCCUCUAGGCACUUGUUAGCCGUGGAAAGGAAGUACAACAUCAAUGAUUUUGCUUGUCGCCGGAGGUCAGAUUAUGCCUUCUAUGCAUACAAAGAGGGACAAGAGGCCAUCACCCAAAGUUUUGUCGAGCUGCAAAAGAGGGAACAUUUUGGGAUAGUGGUGAAGAUGCUAUCUUUGUUGGACAAUAUCUCUAUCACAGACCGAACUGCUAUUUUUCCCACUGUAUUUCCAAAGGCAACAUGUUGCAAAUCAACAAUUGAUGAACUUGUGGAUGUAUAUCUAAGUCCUACUCCACGUUGUUGGAACUACACACUGAGUGAAUAUCCCAAUAACAACAAGUUCUACCCCUCUUCAUUGAGAACAAAUGCAUACCACACUGUUGAGACAUGUUCACAAGCAGACUAUGGCAAUAGCGAUUUUGGACAGGAUGUCAAUAGCGACUAUGAUGAACAGGGAGACGAUGCCGCACUUGCCUUCAACAUGAACCAGCUUUGCCUUCAACAACCAAAAGAACAAUGUCAAAAAUCAAGAGCAUACAAUUUUCAAAAAUGUAACGACAUUGACCGUAAUUGUAUGAAUCAGAGAGACCUAAAUUUUUUUAGAGAACAAAUAGAGGCAAUUGAAAAGGAGCACUUCCAGAGGAAAGCCAUGGCCAUGAAAAAUAGCCAAAAAUGCGCAUUCGUCCUUUGA